AAGGGAUGGGGCAGGUGUGGACGGAGGUGUGUCCCCAGAGACCCCUCCAUAGGUUAAUCCUCCUCCCAGGACAUCCCCUCUCUGGGCGGGGCCACCUGCAGACCCCGCCUUAAAAGGCAGGGUUUAUUUACCCGGCACACUUUUAUGGAUGGGGCCGGCAUACUGGACACACCCCUGGGUGGGGCCGCCCCGCCGGGGAAACGAAACUGAAACGUGCCUUGCUAUUUAUCAACCCCGCACCGGAGACCCUCCACUCCGGGACCGCCGCAAGGCGAGCUCGGCUGCCCCCGGCCCCCGCUCCGGUGCGGACACCAGAACCCCCGCGCCGGUACCGCAGCGGCACCGGAGUCCUGGUCCCGUCCCGGUGCCCCCGGUGCCCACCUUGGCGAUGCGCCCGGCCAUGGUGAUCGGUGCCCGGUGCCACGGGGAUGGGUUCCUUAGGAUCACGCCUCUGAGCGGGCGGGACGAGGUUCUACGGCCGCGCCCCCGGCACGGGCAGGGUCGAAGCCGGCCAGAUCUCCCGGCGCCGCUGGACACGCAGGAACCGACCCGCCGGGCACCCAGCAUGUCCAUCAAGACAUUCUGGCUGCCUCUGGCGUGGCUAGUGGCCACAGCCACGGUCACUGUCACCCCGGUGCUCGCUCUGGAGGCCUCUCCCAGCUGGAUGCCACUGCUCAGAGAGCCCCCGACACCGUCUGUGCCCCCUGUGCCCCCUGCUCGUACCCCGGCUCCCUCGCAGGACGUUGGGGCCCCCGUGCUGCCCGUGCCCACCCCCAGCGCUCACCCCGAGAGGCUGCCUGGCUGGGGUGUCACAGAUGCCCCCAGCCCCAGUCCCGCAUUGCCGGAGGGGGCACUGGAGGGGCUGGACACCACAGCCAGUGGCACCACGGCAGUGCCCACACCCGGCACCAGCGCCCCGCCAUGCCCUGGGGACGAGGAGCCGACCGACACCUGCGGGGAGCCCACGGGGGAGCAGCGGGCUGCCGUGGCCGAGGCUCUGGUCACCUUUGCCCUCCGCUUCUACCAGCGCAUGGCAGAGGAGGCCGGGCCCGACGCCAACCUGCUCUUCUCGCCCAUCAACGUCGCCAUGGGGCUCUCGCACCUGCUGCUGGGCGCCCGCGGGGAAACCCAGGAGCGGCUGGCCGCCCUCCUGGCGUACCCUCAGGGGCUGCACUGCGUGCACGGCGCCCUGCAGCAGCUGGCCAGCACGCCGGGCCUCUUCUCGGCCGCCCAGAUCUUCCACCACCCAGAGCUGCAGCUCCGGCCCCGCUUCCUCAACGACUCCCUGCGCUUCUACGGCGCCCGCCCGUACGCCCUGAGUGGCAACGAGAGCCUGGACCUGCAGCGCGUCAACGCCUGGGUGCGGGAGGCCAGCAAGGGGCUGCUGCCCUCGCUGCUCUCCACGCUGCCCCCCGAGCCCAGCCUGCUGCUGCUCAGCGCCGUCCACUUGCGCGCCGCCUGGCGCACGCCGCUGGACCGCAAGAAGACGGUGCUGCUGCCCUUCCUGCGGCCCGGGCAGCGCCCCCGCAAGGUGCCCACCAUGACCAGCGCCAAGUACCCGGUGGCCUCCUUCACCGACUCCCGCCUGCGGGUCCAGGUGGGGCGGCUGGAGCUGAACGGGGGGCUGAGCCUCGUGGUGCUGAUGCCGCGGGAGCCCCUGGAGCCUCUGGAGUCCCUGGAGCGGGCGCUGGACCCCGCCACCUUCCUGGCGCUGCUACGGCGGGCGGCCCGCACCACGCCCCGGGCCACCGCGCUGUCCCUGCCCCGCCUGCGCCUCGACCUCGCCCUGGACGUUGUGCCUCUGGUCCACGACAUGGACUUCGGGCUGUUCCUGGACGCGGAGCUGUGCGGGCUGGCGCGGGGCCCGGCCGCGGUGGACACGGCGCGGCACCGGGCGGUGCUGGCGCUGGACGAGGCCGGCGUGGAGGCGGCGGCGGCCAUGGCCACCUCGGUGGCACGCUCGGCCCUGGUGCUGGAGGCCCUGCGCCCCUUCCUCUUCGUCCUCUGGCACAACACCGGCGACUUCCCCGUCUUCAUGGGCCGUCUCAGCGACCCCCAGCCCUGACUCUGAUCCUCCUGUCCCUGUCCUCCCUUCGCCCAUCCCUCUAUCCUUCCCUCCAGCCUCCUCCUCUCCCUGCUUCCCUCCUUCCUUCUCUCCUUUACCCCUUUCCUCUCUCCUCUCCUCCCAUCCUUCCUUCCCUUGUCCUUCCUCCCUUCCUUCAUCCCUUCCUCUCCCUCUCCCCUCCCUCUCCCUCUCCCCCCCUCUCCUUCACACUCCCCAGGGCACCAGGGGUCCCUGCUCCUCCCGUGCCUCAGUUUCCCCGCCAGCUCGGGGUCCCAAUAAAUGCACCAAACACC